CUUGCCCGGUAGUCAGUAGGCGCCGCCCACUACCACGUCAUCAGUCCGCGUCCACAACACACCGCCUCUGCUCACACCCUGAAGAUCAAACUGAGCCUCCUCUUUAAGAAGUCAUUCUGCUUGUAACCUGCAUGCUGGAAGGUCUGAGCUAUGCUGGCAAAAGCAGAGGAGAGGAAGCCACUGAAAGGGGGAGGAAAUAAGAGGAGACACCCUGGUGAAGAUGGAGAAGGAGGAGAGAGGAAGAGGAGGGGAGGAGAAGAAGAAGGAGAAAAGGGUCAGGCAGGCGGCGGAAGGCAGCGUCUGGACGCCUUGAGUGUGGGCUAUUUCCGCAGAGUCGGGGAGCGACUCAGCGAAGGCUUUGAAGAUAAUGAGGAGAGAGAGAUGUUUGUGGAGAAUGUCCUCACAGAAGUUAAAGGUAAAGCGACCCUGGUUGCGAUGGACCGGACUGGAAGCAUUACUCUGCAGCGGCUGCUCCCACUGUCCAGUCCUGACCAGGUGGGCGAGGUGCUGGCUGAACUGGGAGGAGAAUCGGGGGCCGAGUUUAAGACGGUUUCUUGCGACCGGUGCGGCGGCCAUGUGGUGGAAAGCGCCGUCAGACAGAUGUCCAAGUUGAUGGAGUCGUCACAGAAGGAGGCGCCCGCAGAAGAAGAGGAAGAGAGUUGUGGGGUGUUGGAGGCCCAGGUGUUGUCUUUAAGUCAUGUGGUGAGAGACAACAGCGCAGAGUUCAUCCAACAUGUUCAUGGCUCACACGUAGUCCGCACACUCUUGCAUGUGCUGGCAGGCUGUGUUGGACCGCCCCGCACUGAAACCCGUCCAGGUGCAAAAGAACGCAACGUUGUCCCCCAGCUGACAGAUUUUGAGAUUCCCACGUCUUUUUGGUACGAGCUGAAAAACCUUACGGAGACCUUGAUGGACAACGUGAAUUUAAGUGUGACAGAUGCUGCUGCCAGUGCAGUCUUCCAAACCAUGUUGACUGUGUGUCACAGAAAACGACCAAAGCUCUGCAAACAGCUCCUCAAACGCAUCAUGGAGUACCUGACAAGUCGCAGUGCCGCUCCAGGAGUUAGUCCACUUCUGGUCUUUCUCAAGGACCAGGCUUCCAGCCGCCUCAUUGAAACCAUCAUACAGCUGUCCCACAAGUCCCUUCUCCGUGACCUCUACAAGAACCACCUCAUGGGCCAGCUGGUGGACUUGGCCCUCCACCCCAUCGCCAAUUUCCCCGUACAGAGGCUGACUGCAGCCUCAGCCAAAUACAAAAUGUUCCUGAGGUUGUUUGAUGAGCUGAUCCAAGGCGUGGAGGCCAUCUUGGCCGCAGGUCACAUGGGUGUGAUUGUCCAGCUGGCGGAGAGCUGUGCAGAAGGCGAGGAAAGACAAGAAGAGCUGAUGAAGUGCCUCCUCCAUGCGUUCCACUGUGCUGAGCCUGGCUCUCGACACGUUAACUGCCUCCCUCUCUUCAUGUCCCUGAUCACCUAUGAGGUGUAUUACCACUCUGACACAGCAGAGGGCAACACACAGACGGAGGUCCCGCUGUCCUCCAUCUGUUACCACGGCUCCCGGCUGGUCCAGGCGCUGGCCAGGUUCAAGGAACGCUCACUCCUUCUCAGCAGCCUGCGUACUCUGACCCCCGCUGACCUCCUGACGCUGGCAUCUGACCCUGCAGGCAGCCACGUCCUCCAGGCCCUCAUCACCACAUCCAGCGACAAGGGAAGAGGCAAGAUCCUCAAGAGACUGGAGGGUCAGUAUGUGCACAUGGCCUGCUCCAGGUCUGGCAGCCGGGUGUUGGAAGCCAUUUGGAACAGCGCUUCAGUCAGUCACAGGCAGAGCAUCGCACAGGACCUAGUGGGGAGUGAAAGCCAGCUGAGGUCAGAUCAGUUUGCUCGUCAUGUAUGGGCCAAAUUUGCCCUCUCCCACUUCAUCCGAAGAAAAGCCCACUGGCAGGAAAUACAGACUGGCGAGUCUAAGAAACGGAAGCUCUUCAGUGACAUUCUUGAGUGAAAAAUACUUACUUGAAUUAUCUGUUAGUAUUUUUUACUUUGUAAUUGAAUAAAAAAAUAAUAAUAAAGAAGAAAAUAUUCUUCA